CAGUCACGAGCUACAUGCUCUGUAUCUUCCCUCUGUUUUCUCUAUUUGCUAUUUACUUCAAUUCUCAUUCCUAUUCUGAAUUGGUGAAUCCAAUCCCAACCAAAAAAGGAAAACUUUUUUAAAACCCUAAAGAUCAUUGUUCCACCAAUCUUAUAAAAACGAAACCUUUCUUCAUAAUUCUCUCAUCUUCAUAAAAUCAGAAGCUUUUGUUUCCAAUGGAGUGGGUUCGUGGAGAAACUAUCGGGUUCGGAACGUUUUCUACUGUAAGUCUAGCGAAGAAUACUAAAGACUCCGGCGAGUUCCCGGCGGUUAUAGCCGUGAAAUCUGCGGACUCUUAUGGCGCCGCUUCGCUUUCGAACGAGAAAUCAGUGUUGGAUUCACUCGGUGAUUGUCCUGAGAUCGUACGGUGUUACGGCGAGGAUCGAACGGUCGAGAACGGUGAAAACAUUCAUAACUUGUUGUUAGAGUACGCUUCGAGAGGAAGCUUAGCGACGCAAUUGAAGAAACUUGGCGGUGAGGGUUUACCGGAAACCACCGUACGCCGCUACACGGGAUCGGUGCUCAGAGGGUUACGUCACAUCCACGCGAAAGGGUUCGCUCACUGCGAUGUAAAACUCGGGAAUAUUCUGUUGUUUAGCGACGGCGCCGUUAAAAUUGCGGAUUUCGGGUUGGCGAGGAGAGUUGACGGAGUUUUAACGCCGUCAAAAGAAGGAGUGGAGAUUAGAGGAACGCCUUUGUAUAUGGCGCCGGAAUCUGUUAACUUUAACGAGUAUGGAUCAAAGGCUGACGUGUGGGCGUUGGGAUGCGCUGUAGUUGAGAUGUUUAGCGGCAAAACGGCGUGGAGUGUGAACGAUGACUCACACUUCAUGUCGCUUUUGAUACGUAUCGGUGUCGGCGAAGAGUUACCGAAGAUACCAGAGUUGUUGUCGGAAGAAGGCAAAGAUUUCUUGUCCAAGUGUUUUGUUAAAGAUCCCGAGAAAAGAUGGACGGCUGAGAUGCUUUUGGAGCAUCCGUUCGUGGCCGUUGGUUAUGGUGACGAUCGAGAAGAGUAUGUUUUGGAGCUGGAGGAGGAAAAAGUAGCGACGUCACCAAAGUGUCCAUUCGAGUUUCCCGAUUGGGAAUCUAUAUCGUCGGAUUCACACACGCAGUUUCAGCCGUCGGAUGCUCCGGUAGAGAGACUUGGAAGUCUGGGUAGUGAAACGUUCCCUGAUUGGUUCUUCGGCGGGGAUUGGGUCACCGUCCGGUGACGGGAGUGGCAUAAAAACAGAGUCGAAGGCUAGGUUUUUUUUAACACCUAGUUAUGAUCUUUAGUUCAAUGACGCUUAAUUAGUAUUCUUUAUGUGUAAUCGAUUUGUUAAUACAAUUCAAUGAUAGAAAAAAAAAGUA